AUGCAACAAAUUCCACAAGAUUCAACUUCACAAAUACUUCCAUCUAAUAAUUUUGGUCUCACAACGAUGACAAAAAAUAAUAUUAUUAUUAAUGCUACUAAAUCUGCAACAACGUCACAAUUUGAUCAACAGACGUUCAGCGAUUUUUCAAAUCCCUAUCAACCGGUUUCUAUUCCAAUUUUGCCACCUGCGGUCAUUGAAUCGACAACAAACACAUACUACAGUAAUUGAAAUCAUUGAAACAGUUGAAAAUGUGUGUUUUGUGAAAAUUUCAGGUCGUGGUUUUGACAAAUGUACAAUUAAUCUCCGAUCACAGCAACAAAAACGGAAACCGAGAGUUUUAUUCACACAAAGUCAGGUGGGAUUUGAAAAAGUUGAUAUUUUGAUUUUUGAAGUUGCCCAAGAGAGCUAAUAUAGGAGUUUCUUGAAACUUGUUUCGUUUCUAAAAAUAAAUCUCAAAAAUAUCUACGAGAACUUAUUCAAAACUACCAGAAAAUAUUUUCUGUAAUUUAAUAGCUCUAAACUUUUCAGAAUAUUCCCUGAUUAUCUCCAAAUUUCUUACUUAUUCCUUGACUCAACUAAUGAGAGAAUUUUCAGAUAAUAAACUACAUUUUCCGACAAAUAUGAUUUCUUUUAAAAAAUCUGGAUGUUCAAUCCAAGAGGUUUAACAAAUAAAGUUAAUUUUUCAAAAUUUUCUCUAAACUUAUUUAUUUGCAACAUUUCUUAUUGUUUUACAGCGAUAUAAAAAAUAUAAAAAAAAGAGAAGGUAAUUUUCAACGGUUCCUUUCUAUUUAUACAUAAAUCGCGAAAAAAAGAAACAUGAAAACGAAAUUUUGUGGAAUUUAACAAACAAACCAAACCAACCCAAUUUUAUUUCAGCCAAAUAAUAAAAAUUCCGGUUUCUAAUUUUUUUUCUGGAAAGUUUUAUUUAUUUUUCACAGGUAAACGAACUUGAAGAACGUUUCAAGAAACAGCGAUAUGUGACUGCGACUGAACGAGAAGAUUUGGCAAGACAUCUUGGGUUGACAGCUACACAAGUCAAGAUUUGGUUUCAAAAUCGGAGAUAUAAAUGUAAACGAUUGGCGCAGGAUAGAACACUUCAAUUAAGUCAAAUUCCAUUUAAUCCGGUAAAAAUUGAAUUGGUUUUCGAAAUGAUUUUCAAGUGUCAGGUGAUUUUCAGAUGUUCGCUUCAGCUCUUCCAUUUGGACUCAAUUGUUUCAACACUUCUUCAUAA